AUGGCUGACGAAGAACAGAUAAUUCGCGACAGACUUACCGUUGACGAGCGUAAUCUUCGACGUGUAACUCGAAAAAUUGGUGUAUUCCUCAAUUCGUUAGAACUGGGUAAUCUCAAAGAAGCUCGUGUACAAUUUAAUGACUUUAUAGUCGAUUUUUCAUCUUAUGAAAUUGGUCUUAUACGAUUUCAAGUCAUUCAUGAUAUGAAUCUCCGUGAGACACGACAUUGGGAAGAAGAAGCUUUGAAUAUUGGUAUGAAACAAUCUAAUCCAACUUAUAAAAAACAAAAGCAAAUCGAAGAGACUAAAAGAAUUAUUGAAAAAUUGGAGGCGGAGCUUGAAGCGGAAGAAGAGAUACGCAGGAACAAGAUUGAAUAUGACCAAUUGGCAUCAGAAAUUAAUGAACUUCAAUCGCGAGAAGAAUCUAUAAAUGAAAUUACAAAAUUGGACGAAGAAACGUUAUUGAUUGAAGAAAAAGAACGGUUAUUUGAUGAAACAUUGAGUCAUCGUAGGGCCCAAUUAGAACGAGUAUUAUCAGUUAUACAAGACGUACAAUCUCAAAUACAAAUUGAACAAGAACAAAACCGUCAUAUUCUUGGGGAAGACGAAGAGCCUGAUGCAACGCCCGAAUCUAUCAGAAGUGAAUUUGCAUCUCCAAUAGGUUCACCAAUUCCUGAUAUACAAGUAAAUGGAGCUGAUGAUACUGUUACGCAUGAAGUUGUUGACACGGUGAAUAACAUACGAGAUCCGCCACAAACUAAUGGUAAUGAAGUGAAUUCACCUCGUCCUAUUAACGGAGAUUCAACGUUGGCCGUGAACGAUAAUGGAACUCCGGUGUUACAAGAGUAUCAAGAUCAUUCCAAUACACCAUCACGGCAAGAUGGUUCGUCAAGUGGAAGUGAAAAGGUUACACAAGAAACUAUACCUGAAGAAGGAGCAGUAGUUGGAGAAGCAGGUGAAGUUGAUGAAGAGGGUAGCAUCGAGGAAAUGGGAGAAGUUGUUGAAGAUGAUGAUGAAAGUAUUGAAGAUGAAAAUAUGGGUGAUGUGGAUAUAGUAGCAAGUGAUGAAGAUGAUUAUACGAAUUUUCAACAAGAACAGGAUGAUGAAUGUGAUGAUAUCCCAAUACUGGAUGAUGGUGAGAUUGUGGAGGAUGUAGAGGAUGUUUUCAUAGGGAAAAGGAAACGUGGUGACGACGAAGACGAUGAUGACGACGACGAGGAAGGAUCAUUGCACGAAAAACAUUCUCGUAUAUCACUGGAUGAAUACGAAGAUGAAGGCGUUAUUGAAGAAAGUGAUGGAGUUGUCGACGAUGAUGGAGCUGUCGACGAAGAUGAUGAUGACGACGAUGAUGACAACGCUACAAUAGAGGACAAUGAAGUGCAGGAUUAG